ACCAUAAAAUCAAAAUUAUUGCAAAAAUCAAAAAACAAUGAGUGAUUUCAAGUCUAAGGACAAGAAGAACAAGAAGAAUAAGUUGCAGGAUGUGUUGGCCGGUAGUGUUCAGACGGUAUUCAAGUCGAAAAACAAGAACAGCAACAACAACAACAACGGUGGACAUCAUCAUCAACACGUGUCGGCACGCGAUAGCGUUAACACCACGGCUUAUGACGGCUACGAUAACAAUGGUUUGUCAAGACUAUCGGCGGCGGCGGCAAUACAGACACAUCAUCUUCAGCCAACAGCCAACCAAAGUCAUCACUCGUAUCACAGCAGACCAAACAGUGAAGAGAUGACACAUCAUUCGUACGAAUCACAGUCUAUGAUGAUGGCCAGCGAUGACCGACACUUGUCGUUACCCAAUUUGGAUCAGCUAACCGAUGAUGAUAUUAACAGUCAAUUUGAAUCAAUGCUUGAUGACAUGAAUCUAAACGAAGAGAAGAAGCAUCCAUUGAGAGCUAUGCCAAUCGAACAGAAGAAAACAAUGCUUGGCUCACAUUUUAAACAAAAAUUUGCCUCAAAUACGACCAGUCGGUCGAGAUUUGUGUCGCCAACCGAUUACGUAAAGUAUAUUCAGGAGAACACCGACAUCAACAGCGAUAAGCUUUACCGAUGUAUCGAAUCGUUACGUAUUGAACUGACCAAUAAACCCGUUUCUUGGGUCAAACAAUUCGGCCAAAACCAAGGCCUUCAAUGUUUGUUGUCGUUGCUGAACAACUGCUAUCAGUCGCAGAGUUCGUCAAUCGCACGACAGGCCAAUAAAGUACAACACGAAUGCAUCAAAUGCUUGAAGGCUUUGAUGAAUAAUACGGCCGGAUUUAAUCAAGUAUUUGAACACAACGAAGCCCUAACAAUACUGGCCCGAUCUCUAGACCCUAAUCUACAAACAGUGAUGAGCGAAGUGGCCGAGAUGUUGGCUGCACUUUGUCUCGUCAACAAAGAUGGCAUCAAUGGUCACGACAAAGUACUGGAAGCGAUGACCAUUUGUUCCGAAAUCAACAAUAACAACGACAACCGUUUUGGACCGAUUAUCGAAGGGAUGCGAAACACUUCCAACGUAUCGUUACGGUUGGCGUGUAUGCAAUUGAUUAACGCACUCAUCACCAACAACGACGACUUUGACUUCAGAAUGCAUUUAAGGAACGAGUUUUUCAGAAACGGUUUCUAUGAUCUUUGGGAUAAUUCACUCUUACCAUUGAUUCAACCGCACAAUGAGUCCGAAGAGAUGCCAGUAGUGAUGCUCAAGGGUUUGUUAACGAAGACUGCGAACGACAAGUUAAUCGAUAUGAUUAAUGUGUUCAACAAUGCCAAGGAUGAGGACUUUGAAGAGUUGACACAACGUUAUGAAAACAUCCGAUUCGAGUUAGAAGACAUGGAUGACUGUUACCAUCUAAUAAAAAAUAGUGUUUCCAAUACAACGGCUGAUAGUCAUCUGUUGUCAAUUUUUCAACACCUUUUACUUAUCAGAGACGAUGCAUAUUCUCGACCUGCUUAUUAUCGACUAAUUGAAGAAUGUGUUUCGCAAAUAGUGUUACACAGGAAUGGAGUGGAUCCCGAUUUCAGACACAACAAGCGAUUCAAAAUAGAAGUCGAUUACGUUAUCGAUCAUAUAGUAGAGCGAUCAAAGGAAGAAGAGGACAAGAUUAGCUCUGAACUGAACAAAAAACUUGAAGAAGCGUUGACUGCCAAAGAAGAAAGUGAAGCUAAAGUACAACAGUUGCAGACAAGACUACAACAAUUGGAAAGUAAUCAAAAGGAUACUAAAGAAAAGCCAAAGCCUAGUGUAGGCAUUCCUCCACCGCCGCCACCUCCACUACCCGGUGCUUCUAAUAUUCCUCCGCCUCCGCCACUACCAGGAAUGGCUGGUUUUGGUAUUCCGCCGCCACCUCCAUUGCCAGGUGGCGGUCCACCGCCACCACCUCCACUACCUAUGUCUGGAGGACCUCCACCCCCGCCUCCUUUACCAGGAAUGGGUGGACCGCCGCCGCCACCACCUCCUGGAAUGCCGUUUGGUUUUCAACCGAUGGUCAACGCCAACCAAAUUGAGUUUCCUUAUGAUAUAAAGCGUAAAAAAUAUGAACCCAAGACACCGCUUAAGAAACCAAACUGGAAGAAGUUGACACCAACUAAAGUAUGCGAAGACUCCAUUUGGAUUGAAGUCAAAAGCGAUGAACAAUUGGUUGGCGACGAUGUCUUUGAUUCAUUGGCACAACAGUUUUCAUCUGAUCCAAAGGCAAGAAUACAAAAAGAAGUAUCAAAUACUAGUGAUAGAGUUAUGACAACCAAAAAGACCAAAGAACUCAAAGUUCUCGAUCACAAAACGGCACAAAAUCUAAUGAUACUCUUGAGCUCAGUUAAAAUGUCUGCCGAUGAACUCAAGAACCAUAUAAUAUCAGUGAAUGAGGAAGACUUGAGUGAAACAAUAUUACAGCAAAUACUUCGAUAUCUUCCACCACACGACCAACUGUUACGUCUUGAGGAGUCUCGCUGUGAAAUCGAUAGUCUUCAUGAAGCAGAAAAGUUUGCACUAACUUUGGGAUCAAUUAAAGGUUUAACCAAACGUCUGAACGCCAUAUCAUUUAAGAUGAAAUUUGCUGAAUCGGUUAAUGACAUCAAACCAGAUGUGGUCAACGGUACGACUGCCUGUGAAGAGCUGAGAAAGUCAACAAAAUUCAAACACAUAGUUAAGGUAGUGCUGGCUAUCGGCAACUUUAUGAACGCCGGAUCGCGUAACGCACAGGCGAUUGGUUUUGAAAUAAGUUUUCUACCGAAACUCAGUUCAACCAAAGCGGCCGAUAAUAAGACAACAUUAUUACACUUUUUAGCACAAGUUGUCGAUGAAAAACAUACCGAUUGUCAAAACUUUUGGGAAGAAAUUAUUCACACCGAUAAAGCUGCCAGAGUAUCACCCGAACAAAUACAAAAAAAUUUGAAUGCAAUGAGAAAAAGUAUAAACGACUUGGAAUUGGAUCUAAAAAUCUUUAAGCCAUUGAACACUGAAGACAAAUUCGGAGAUAUUAUGUCCAAGUUUUUGAUUGAAGCCAAAGAAAAGUUUCAGUUAUUGGAACAGAUGUUCAACAAAAUGGAUAGACUUUAUAAAGAGUUGGCCCGUUAUUAUUCGUUUGACCAGAAAAAGUACACAAUGGAUGAGUUCUUCAAUGAUAUCAAGUCGUUUAAGGAUCAGUUCAUCGAAGCCAAGAAUGAAAACUUAAAGAAGAGAGAGAUCGAAGAGAAGAUGAGACGAGCCGUCAAAGCUAAAGAAAUGGCCGAACGAGAGAAACUGGAGAGACAAUCAAAACGAGUCAAUCUGGACAUCGGUAAAGAACAAGAGGGCGUUUUGGACAGUCUUUUAGAGCGACUCCAGACGGGCUCGGCUUUUGCACAACCAAAACGAAAACGACAACAACGACCUAUUAAUCCAAGUGAUCGACGCCAAGUAUUGAAUCGGACCCGAUCUCGUAAUUCAUUUGAAACGUCGUCGACAUCAUUCACACCAUUGUCCUCCAGUAACGUCAACAACAACAACAACAACAACACUAGAAAAAUGAAUUAUUACUAAACCUAACGAUACUUACGAUACUAUUUUCAUUAUAUUGCCGUUAAUUUGUUUUUGUUUUUUAAAUUAAUGCCUUUAUUUCAUCAUAAAAUUGGUGCCUUUUUUAUUAUA